GCUAAUGACCUUUCUGUAUUGUGGCUGCCACACAAACAUUAAUGAAUCCUAAACUUAGGACUGUCUCCUCUGUGGCAUCUUCUGGAGGUGUUAUGCCCUUCUUCCUCUGGACCUGCCUUAGGGACGUAACAUAACGGGAUUGUUCUGAGUGUUUCGAUCCUUAUUUUUUUUCUAGUCAGUGUGUGUGGAGUUCUGGUCUAGGGUCUGGUGUGUCUUGUGUACUUGGCGUGUGAUGGUAUGGUGUAAAAAUGGCAGCUCUCCCUACAGGACCAAUCUGGACAACUAAAGAUAAUCAGUCAUAGUUUUUCCACCAAAACCUAGGCUUACACAACAGACACAAGGUGCAUUUGCAAGUGACCAAAAGGUCCAGAUGUGCAGAUCCUCAGUCCUUUUAUAAGCCACUCCCAGGCAUUGAUUGGCUGGAGAAGGCCACCACCUAAAGGGAGGAGGAGCUCCUAGAGAGUUGGUACAAAAUUAAUCUCAGGAAUCAACCACAUUUCUGUAACACCCCCACCCAUAAGAACAAACACACGUGUGUUUACCAUAUUAAAAUUACACUCUGGAAAGAGCAUCAGCCACCAUAUUGUUGCUUCUUUUUUAUGCUUUAUGUAAAGAUUAUAGUUCUGACAGAUCAAUGCCCACCUCAUCAGUCGCUGGUUGCUGUGAUACAUACGUGACAUGAAGACGAGGAGUCCAUGAAGACUUCUACAGGGAGUAUGGUUGAUCCCACAUACACCCCUACAAGCUGUAGUGCCAGCAGCAUUGCCAGGGUUUCCUUCUUGGUGGUCGAGUACUUUGUUUGAUGAAUGCUGAACUUCUGGGAAAAGUAAGAGACAGGAUGGCUCACUCCAUGAUCACUCAUUCAAGUCAGGUGACAAAGUCUUCAACCUCCAACUCAAGGCUCAGCUCAAGGUCACGUUCCUUUGGGGGGUCUGGUUCCUUGCAUGUGAGAGAAAAAAGGGGCAGAGAGUGGAUUUGUGUUGUCGUUUCUCUCCACGUCUGAUUGGCCGAGUCUCAUCGGGUGUAACCUGUGGACAUUUAUCACUGAUAACCAUCUUCAUGCUAAACACUCAUCUUAAUCCCAACAGUGUUAUUCUAAAGAGCUUUUCCUGUCACAGGCAUGUAGGCAACAGCAAGGGGAAAAGGGGGAAGGGUAAAAGUAAAUUCAUUUUGGGGAAACAUGUCUGGCCUUCUCUUUCUGUCCAUGACUUCCCACAAAAGUUACGUUGAUCAGAAACUUUAAUAACUUCAAGUUAAAGCCAGAGUGAAGAAUGAUUUCUGUGUUUGCAACAUGUGAUCACGUCUGUAUGUUUGUUUGUUACCGCCUCCAAUCUGGUUUUAUCCUGUAUGUGCUGCAAAGAAAAUGAGGAAACAAAUCUGACACGUAAUAGUGCACAAAGAGGAAGAGGAGGUAUUUCCAGUCAGUCACACUGCUGCUGGUCUGCUUCCAUCCAGCUGCAGGAUGGAGGGAACAUGUGUCCAGAUGCUGCUGGCUCUGAUCUCACUGCUGUGCUGCACAACAAACGGAGAAGAAAAAACCAUCACAGCUAAACCUGGACAGACUGUCUCUCUGCCAUGUAGAGCUAAAGAUCAAAACAUCUACGCUGUAAGGUGGGUCAGAACUGACCAGGAGGAGCCACACCAAGUUCUCCUCUACAGAGAUGGUCAUUAUAAUCCAGAAAACCAGCAUCCAUCUUUCCAGAACCGGGUGGAUCUUCAGGACAGACAGAUGAAGGAUGGAGACGUGUCUCUGAUUCUGAAGAAUGUCACAACUGAUGAUACAGGAACAUAUGAAUGCAAAGUCCUCCAGAAAGAGACAGACAGCAGGACUGCAGAGCCCAUCAUCAUCAUCCAUCUGGAGGUGUUUUCACCAGAAGAGAAAACCAUCAGAGCUGAACCUGGACAUGACGUCUCUCUGCCAUGUAGAGCUCCACAUAAUAAAUUCAUCUUAGUUGUGGAUUGGUUCAGACCUGACGUGGGACCAGAAUAUGUUUUUAUGUACAAAGGUGGGAGCCUUGAGACAGACCACCAGCAUCCAUCUUUCCAGAACCGGGUGGAUCUUCAGGACAGACAGAUGAAGGAUGGAGACGUGUCUCUGAUUCUGAAGAAUCUGACGACUGAUGAUACAGGAACAUAUAAGUGUUUCAUUCGCCAUUUCGACCAUCGUCCCAUCUGUACCAUCCAUCUGGAAGUUCCUCCACCAGGAGGAGCUACGCCUACAGCCCCACCCACUACAAUAGUGCUGCCCGUUGCCUCAUCCUCAUCCUCCCUCCAUCUUGGGUUCAUGCUGCUCCUCCACCUGCUGGUGUUCUGUCCGUACUUCAUCUCCAUCCUCCCCAUGGUGUCUUUAUAUCCACACAGAGACACAGGAAGAGACCUGGCCGUCUCCAUGGUGAUGACUCCAUCCACCCAGGCUGAUCAGGGAUUGGCUGAUGACUAUGAGGAUGUCACCACAGAGCAUCAUCUAAACUGAACUGAACAUCUCAUCUCUCGCUUCUCCUGAUGUUCUUCUUUCACAUGAGAAGUUUCUAGAACUGAGGUCAACAUCUGUGAACAGAGACGUCACAUCUGUCUGUUUAUCCUGGAAAUAAAGCAGUGAAGGGGGCGUGGCCUGUCUGUUCUGCUUCUUUUAUUCUCAGAUUGUGUUGGAACAGAUCAGUUCAGUCAUCCUUAAAACAACAUUUCUAGAAGAGAGUUUGUACCUCUGCAAGUACAGCUACUGAUGUUAUAUAAGCCUAUUAACCUGAUGUUAGCUUGAAGCUAUGUAGCAGUGCUAAUCUAGUUCUAUGCUAGUAUUACAUUAAUAUAAUAUGGGGAAACCAUGUCGUAUUUAGUUUUCAGUGAGUGUUUUUAGGGAAUAUACGUCAACUCAGUUAAUAUGUUUUUCACUUUGGAGCUGAAAAUAAACUAUAAAGAUGCUCAAAGAGAAGCUCAGUAUCCACGUUACUUAGCGCUGACUGCACUAACACUACAUGAUCCAGUUUCAUUAAAAUAGGAGGCUAGCAAGGCUGCUAGUUGGUUUUAAAAUAGCUGCAUCACAUACUGUAUGUGGACCUUGAAAACAUCCUUCUGGAUAGAUUUGACAGGUUUAUUAUUUCUACUGGUAACCAGUUAAGUUUUGAAAAAUGGUCCUGAUUUCUGCAGAUAUGCCAUUAAGAAGAUUGUUACCAACUACAGAGAAAAGAACUAAGUUUUUUUUUUUGUAAAAUUGUCUCAAAGAGGGGAACCCAAAUAUAUUUUAAGAAUUAUGGCUACUGAUUUGCUCGUCAGAAUGAGUGAGUGAAAUGGGGUAAUUGUAACCCAUUAGAAGUUAACAAUGGUGUCAGGUAAGGGGGGAAUUUAUCAGUCAUACUCUUUGGUAAUUUGGUAGGUAAGUAGGUAAUUUACUGGUGAAUCAUCAUGUAUGCAGAUGAUGUUGUGGUGUUCAGUCUGAGUAGCACAGGCCUCCAGCAGCUCCUUGCUUUAUUAAAUAUAAACAUCCUGAUGAUGUUCUUCUUUAUACUAAAACAUUGUUUCCAGGUUAUCACACUGUUAUUUUACUGAUCCGACCCACUGGAGACCAGUUUGUUGUGGAUGUGGAACGUGGAGCAGAAUAUAACUCCCCUGGUUUAAGGCAGAACUGGGUUGAAACAUGUUUGAGGGGUAAAAUGUUGAAUAAAGUUUGAGAAGCACUGAUCAAGAA